AAUCUUUCAUUCCCCUGCUUCGGUCCACAGACAGUCCUUCCGGUUUGACCGCCAUCACAGACGGCAGACAUGGCUAUUCGUUAUCCUAUGGCUGUCGGCCUUAACAAAGGUCACCCAGUCACCAAAAAUGUAACUGCUCCCAAGCACAGCCGCCGGCGUGGGCGUCUUACCAAACACACCAAGUUUGUCCGGGACAUGAUCCGUGAAGUGUGCGGUUUUGCUCCAUAUGAGAGGCGAGCCAUGGAGCUGCUCAAAGUGUCCAAGGACAAGAGAGCGCUCAAGUUUAUCAAGAAGAGGAUUGGCACUCACAUUCGGGCCAAGAGAAAGAGAGAGGAGCUGAGCAACGUACUUGCUGCCAUGAGAAAGGCUGCUGCCAAGAAAGAGUAAAUUUCAUUUAAUAAAACAUGAAAACAAA